AUGAAGGUUCUUCUCCUGCUGGCCGUUGGUAUCGCUGCCUCCAGUGCCCGAGACUGUGGACACACGACAGCAAACCCUACUGCUGCCCCCACUACCGAAGCCCCCACUACUUUACAAACACCGACAACUUGGCCGGAAGGAUCCUUUGCUCUUCCAAAACCCUUUGCUGGCUGUCCUGGUAGUGAGUGGAAGGAAGGGUCUUUCUAUCAAGACACAGAAGAUUAUUACAACGGGAAUGCCUGGAACACCACUAAUAUGAGCGGCAUUAAGAAGAAAGACGGUUAUUUGAAUACUUACUGUGUCAUGGAUGACGCCACUGCUGGGUCUGGGGCCUGGCCUGCCGGUGCCUACUGCAUCUUGAGGAAGAACGGAGUCUGUCCUGGGGGUUUUGAGGAAGGUUCCAUCCUUUGGGAUGAUGAAAACAACUACAACAUGAACUAUGUCACAGAGCAGAGCACCCUCCCCGAUGGUGACUUCAACAAGGACACUAAGCUGUUUUAUUGCUGUCGUGAGGAUGCCAAUCCGGCCCAAGAGAUAACUUUGCCAACAUCUGCAUCCUUCUACCUCCUGAUGAAGUCAGGGACGUGUCAGAAUGUCGCUGGGAUGUCGGUGACAGUGGAGACGAAGUUUUGGGACGAUGAAGACACCACCAACCAGAAUGCUAGAGUGGGGUCAACUCCUUUCGAAAGCAGCGAUCUUACCAACGUACUCAUCAACUAUUGUUACUACGCCUAA